AUGUCGCAAGGACACACGGCGGAGCAAUUGCUGGAGCUGCGACGCAUCCUCCUGCUGACCGUCUAUAGGAACACAUUGAAUCAGCUUGUACUGCAGCAGCGUUCCCAGCGCUUAAAUGCCAGGAAACCGCUUUCACUGCCGGCUUCUCUUCGCAGGCGACGCAGUUCGUCGAUGGGGGAGCAGGAGAGGCCGGAACGUGUCCUCAUUACGGGCAAGGUGCUGCCUAGACUGGAAUCCCUGCUCGGUGAGCAGGAGAACGAUGCCGAUCUGCUUGAUGAAGAUGUCCUAGAUGCACUGAAAUUCGAAAGGGAUAUGGAUGCCCUGCGAGCGAUUUUCGAGGUAGCCAUGAAUGAUCCGGAUUUGGCAGAGAAAAAUUAUACGCAGGAUCAGGAUGUAGAAACUAAAAGGGAGAAAGAAAAGGAUCUAGAAGGUGAAGAUCCGCAGGAUUCUGCCGAUAUGAAAAUUAUGUGUCUGAAAAUUAAUGAAAAUCUUAGACUCCUUGAGGAUGAACAGUUCGAAGAUAAGAAGGAUGCAUUUAAACUAGAGACAAUUGAGUCCUUCGAUGACAAGGAGAUGGCAAACCUUGAGGUGAAAGUGGCGGAAAGUCCUUGUCUCGAGGAUAAGGGUCUGGAAAACAUUAGGCAAGCGAUAGCCGCGUUGUGUGGCAACAAGAGUGAGGAGUCUCAGGCUGCCCAGCAGCUACAGGAGUCCAAGGAUGAACUUAAAAAACUCAAGGAGGACCUCGAACUCGAAAAGCGUGUCACCAAGGAAAAGCUACAGGACCUGGAGGAACGCAUUGCCGACACCAAGUACAAGUUGCGCUGUGUCUCCCGUGUCAAUGACCUCGAGUACAGCUUGGUGCAGCGCUGGGAGGAGGGUCGUCUGGCCCAAGGAACCAUUUGGGGUGAGAAUGCUGAGCGUGCCUACCUACGCGACAUUUUGGACAUCAAGCAGAAGCUGGCACGUGAGGAGCGCGUAAGCGCUGAGCUUCGCUCCUUCCGCCAGCGGGAAAUACUGGAGCUGCAGGCCAGGAUUAAGGAGUGGCAGGAGCGGUAUGUCAGCGAGAUGCGACGGGUGGAUCGCGAAGCUGAAGCCUGGGAGCUACGCAUCCUCGAGCAGAAGAAGCUGCUGCAGAAGCACAAGGAGAUCUACGAGGAGCGGAUGACCUAUGUGCAGGAAUACCGCGCCCAAAAGGAGGAGGAGCAGCGACUCCUCGACCUGCAGAUGCACCGCAUCCAGUGCGCCGUCAGAUUGCAGGCCUGGUGGCGUGGAACCAUGGUGCGACGCGGUCUGGGACCAUUCAAGAAGAAACCGAAACGCGGCAAGCGGGGCAAGCCCAAGAAAUAA